UUGUCUGCUGCUCGGGUAAAUUUCAGGGUGGUUGUGUGAUGUCGAGGACUUUUCAGUGCACGGUUAGUGGGUGAGAUUUUACACCUAAUUACCUUCUGGUGUCUCAGAGUUUCGGUGUAAAUGGUUGAGAAAAAGUUCAGGAACACACAGAGCACGCUCUCUCGGUAGGGAUGCGAAGGGAGGGGAGGUAAUUUUCUCUUAGAUGAUCCGGGUAUGACGUCGUUGCUACCGGCAGGAUGUAAUCAUUUGCGACUGCCUCUUGCCCAUCGACCUGGCUCUGUUCCUGUCGGUUGUUGUUGGAGGUGAGCUUCUAUGGUCGACAUUUUGCAGAAAAGAAGUGACUACUCAACAUGGAUACAGCUGUAGACAUAGAUGGUGCUGACGGUAUGGACCAGGGGACCACGGAGUGCCAAAAAGCACACAGACAGGCCAGCACCUCCCUCAACAUUCCCAGAUUGAACAUGGAGGUCUCUGACAGUCAGGUACUAGUUCAGGGCCAAAUUGACUCAGCACAGACAGAUGCUUUGUACAGUGUGGAGUGGUUACAGAAACAAAUGAAAGAAAGAAACCAUGGGGAGACAGUUGUUCCCAACUCCAGGAUUCUGCGCAGGUUGUUCUCCUCGGCCAUGGCACAUCGGCUGAGAGCACAGUCCCCCCACAAGUACAGGAACGCCCUGCUCCUCAAGGACCACCUGGACAUCCUGUACACCAUCUUCCAUGGCAAGGCCCCUCAGGAGACAGCCAACCCCUUCCUUCUCAGUCUCAUUGAAGAGUAUGAGAGGAUGAAGCUUGCUGAAGCAAAAGGUUCAUCAAAUUCUUGUGUUUCUGUCACAACCGCUACCACAGCUACUAGUAUGACAGCUUCAUUGUCAUCUACAUUAAGUGUGCAGGCUCCUGUAGACAACUUCUCAUCUGACAAGGAAGACAGCUGUACAGUUCAGACACAGCAGCAGGACAGUAAGGACAGUCCUAGUCAUGCUGAAACCCAGGCAGAGAACCCCAGAACUGUCAAAAAUAGUGGAGAUGUGGAAGGCAGAGCUGACAAACAAACUGAAGCAAUCGAUGGAAGCACAAACUUUAAGACUUCUGCCAAGAAAGUGACACCUAAAAAAGGGAUGAUUAGGAUGGGCAAUCGCUGCUACUCUUGUUUUGAGUGUUAUGAUGUCUUUAAGAACUCUAUUGAGUUGAGGAUGCACUUCCUCCUCCAUCACCCCUCACGCCUUCCUUACAUUGAUGGAGAGGAUGACAUCUUGGAGGCCAGGCAAGUCAUCCAGGCUACGGUGGAGAGGGGGGAACAUAUCGACUUUCACUCCAUCUCCCUCCAGUUUCCCAGCAUCACUGAGGAGGAGUUUCUGAGGACCAAAAAUAGCUGCAUGUCUCUAAAGGAUAAGAUACAAACAACUGUUCAGGGCCUUCUGCCUUCAACACACAGUAUCAAGUUUGUACAGAACCCUAUGUCAGUUACAACAGUUGAUAGUGCUGUAUCAAAGUCAAUGUUAAAUGGUAGGGAGGAAUUGUGUGAUGUAAACAGAGAAACUGCUCUAGAUUUGUCAGCUAAGAGUAAAGAUGAUGUAAAUAUUGGAAGUGUAGAAAGGAAGCCAUGUGUGCCAUUACACCACUACGAUAUGAAAAGUACCCAUUCAUUGUCAAAAGUCGAAAGUGAUAAAGGUCCAUCACAAUUAAUUGUUAAAGUAAAACAAGAACCUAAUGAUCUACAUGAGUUUGGACGUGACCUCCAUGACAAAGAGUGUUCAAGAGCUCCUCCUAAACUACUUCAGGAAAAGGUGAAGAAGGAGACUGCAGACAAAGGUGUAGAUCCCAUGCCUUUAAGUAUCUAUUUGAGACAGGCAAAUGCUGCAAACACAGAUGCAGAAAAAAAGACAGAGUUACAAAAAGGGCCCAGUGGUAGCUUACAGAUCCUCAACACAGAUGUGAAGAUGGAAAUAAAAAGAAGAUUUGAUGAUCACAAUGAAGGACACCCCGUCAAGAAAACAUCAUCUACCAGGAGGAAAAAUACUCGACCAAAGAGGAUGAGAGUUGACAGUGACUCCUGGGAAGAUGCAGGUACUGGCACUGGGACAGAGAAGGCCAUUGAACACAUGCAGCCAUGGGCUGACCAGGCAGGGACAGGUUUUAAAAAAGAAACCUUGGCAGCUUCAGAAAAUUCCUCAUCAUAUUUUGACAAUGCCUUCAGUGAAGAAGUUGAAAGUCUUGACAAAAGUGUGAAGGGGAAAACAGCAGCUUUAUUUAAGGUUAAGAUGUGUGUUGAUUGUAACAAGACCUUCAGAAGCCACGUGGACCUCAAAAUGCACGUGUUGCGUAACCACCCAGAGAAGCUUCCUCUGCUGAACUGGCCAGCUGAAGACUUUCCAAGCACCAAACCUCCUGAUGGUUUUGCAGAGGACAGCAGACCUGGGCUGAUCUACUGUACAGAAUGUGACUCUACAUUCAAGAUGUUCAUGGAUCUGAAGAUGCAUGUGAUGCAGGUCCACCCAGAGAAGCUACCCGACUUUGAGUGGCCUAACAGGGACCAGAUGAGGAAGCGGGGAAACCCUUACAGGAGAAGCAAGAGAGCCAGGCAGCCAGGCCGUAAGAUGAAGAGAGGGAGGAGUAGAUCUCCAAAGGGAAGAAGCCAAGAAAGAGAAAUGACUUCAUCAGGGUCUGACAGACAAGAGGAGGAGCAGUUUGCACAGGAUGGGUCCUUAGAUUUGAGGAUAAGGAAAUCUGUAAAGAAAGAAACGAGCAGUGAAAUUUUAGACCUGAGUGUGCGCAAAGUUCCAACUUGCAUUACAGGAGUAAAUAGCUACAGCAACCCCUCAGCAGAUGGCUCUAUACCAGCAACAGGAUACAAACAGUUUACAGAACAUGUGCCAGGCAGAAAGCGAGGACACAGAUGUUCUCUAUGCCAUGAGACGUUCGCUUUACUUGUAGAGCGCAAAAUGCAUGUUCUGCAGUGCCAUCCUGAGAAACUGUCAGACUUCAACAUGAGAGAUGUGCCACAAUCCAGCACUACUACAGAGCAUGAUCUGUGGACAAAAGAAGUGCCUAACGGAAGGGGAAAGAACAAGUAUACCAGGAAGUGCCCUAUGUGUACCAAAGAAUUCAGGUCUCUCACUAUGUUGAAAAAGCAUGCAUUGGCAAAGCAUCCUGGAGGGCUUGCUGAAGUGUGUAGAGAUAGCACCCCUGUCAGUUAUGGCAGUGUGUUAUCAUUUGUACCUCCAAGCAGAGUGAAAAGUUCCAAUGGAGCAAGCAGUGGUGAUUUCAACGAGAUUGUAGCAGCCAACACCAGAGUCCACAGAGCAAGAGCAAUGAAGCGUAAGUGCCCAGCCUGUGGUGCUUGUUUUAAAGCCCUGUCUCGUCUGAAACAGCACGUCUUGUUGGAACAUCCGUCAAAGCUGGGGGAGGUCUGUGAACCAGAUGAGGAACCUCCGUUCAGACUUUCAUCAAGUACGCCCAAGACUGUGUCUUGUUCAGAAUGUGGUGCAGGGUUUGCCACCCCCAUUGAACUGAAGAGUCACUUCCUCAAACACCAUCCCUCCAAAUUCACAGAUGUGUUAAAGCCUUUGGCAUCUGAUCUUCCCGUUGUGAAAAGAUUUGGUGACCAGUUUGUUGUCCUGAAAGACAGUCUGCUGUACAGACAUAUGUGUGAAGAGUGCGGUGUGGGCUUCGCCACACAGGAGGCAAAGAUGACUCAUGUACAGGUGGAGCACCAAACCCAGGGGAGCAGCUACAGUGCUGCUCUUCAGGUGCUAGUCAACACAAGAGCCACCAAGUUUCGGGGAAAGAUGCAUCUGUGCCCGCAGUGUGGUACGGGCUUCAGUACAGAGAUCGAGCGGAAGCGACAUGUCCUAGAACACCAUCCGGGCCAGUUUGCAAAAUUUGCAGAGGUGGUGGACCCCCUGAACCUGCAGGUGACAGAGCCUGUGUCUGGAGAAGGUGACAAGACAAAAUUCACACAGCUUAGUGGGUAUUCCAAGAAGUCUCUGUGGGGUAUCCCCUGUCCCGCCAACUGUGAGACACGCUGUAAGACGUGGUUGGAUCUUAAGAAGCAUGUCCUGAUGCACCACCCCUCCUGCUUCGGAGAAGUCUGCAGGUACAGCCAAGAGGACAUAACAAGACUCGUGCUGGAGAAAACAUCAACUGUAAAGGCGGAGAAGGGCAGUGGCACUGAAGACAUCAACACAGAGGAUGGAAAUAUAGUGAAAACUCUGUUGACUGGGCACAGGCUGAUUCAGGCUGCACUGUCGCAGUCCUCCAUACAUCAGGGUGAAGUCAGUAAUGAUAAAGUUGUUAAACAGGAGCACAGUGCCAAAAACGAAAGGGUAGACCACAACACCAGCUCACCCAAUGGUGUGACUCAAACAAAUGGAAAAGGAGACUCAAUGGAGAAAACUAAUACUCGGCACGUAAGGCGACACUGGUGCCCCGACUGCCACAUGCCGUUUUCCAACUUCUUGGACCUGAAGUUUCAUGUCAUGAUGAAACACCCUGCCAAACUUCUCACACUGAACGUUCCAGAGAAGAACGUCCAGCAGCAGCCAGCAGGGAUGGAACCAGUGGACAGCAAAGAGUCCCAGAAUGCUCUACCCAGUACAAACAGUGGGGAGACCACACCGCACAGUGUGUUGCGUAAAGGUGGCAACAAGAGGCCGACAGAGAAAACAGAUCUAACGCAUGAGGAGCUCACACUCACAGAACAGGUGCAGGCACAUGGAACCACAAGACGGCUUCUCCUUCCUAAGCCAGGCAAGGCAUGGACCAAAAGUCAGCAGAUGCGGCUUAAACAGAAAAGUCUGUCAGAAGAGGCCACGAAAACCAAGUACUCCAGAAAAGUGAGAUGGCAGUGCCCAGAAUGUAAAAGCCUGUUUGACCAUUUUCUUGGCCUGAAAGCGCACGCAGUAGAAAGUCAUUCCUUCAUGUUGCCCUUGCUUGAUCCAGAAACCACCAAGAUCAGACUUGACAGGAAGGUCUCUAAAGACUUGGUGGGAGAAACAGAAAUCGUCCAGAGUACAUGUUAGGGUUAUGAUUAAGUAUCAAACACAGUCCCAGGCUGCUCUUUAGCAAAUGAAUUAUGUUGACCUCCAUUUCUGUUCAUAAGAAACCUCAGGAAACAGAGUCUAUUCAUACAGUCUAUCAAAGUUUUAAUGAGUGAAUGCUUACUUGCAUUGUAUGUACUUUGUUGUUAUUGGUGAUGUAGUAACUUUGUGAACAAAAAAUAAGCAUAAAGAUGAGUGUUUAAAUCGCCAUAACCAAGAAUA